AUGGCCCCUUCUACUCCUACACCCAGCCCUUUCGCCGCCAUGAGGAACUUUGGUGGUAUGGUGUCAUCUGCUCUUUCUUUCGGCGACAGAUCUCGCCAAGUCUCCUCCCUCGGCUUCGGCACUCUCUCUCUGGGGGAGCCGUCUGGCGCUGCCCCGCCCCCUCCCUCCGCCUCUCCCUCCGCUGGUUCUCCCUCCCCCGUGUCUGGUUCUCCCGUCCCCGUAACGGGUUCUCCUGGAGGGCCUCCUCCUGCCGCCACUCCUCGCCGUAGGACGCCCGCCUUUCGUCCUGGUGAGUCUCCGUCCUCCUCCGACCAGGGCUCGCUCAGUGGGGGCUCGGAGUCGGGUGAUCGACCCGACACCGAAGAAAGUGAGGAUGAUGAUGAUGGGGAGGGUAGGAUCGAUAGUGAGGGUGAAAGCGAGUUAGAAGAAUACCCGGGUGAUGAUGUGGAGGUGAUUAGUGUAGAGGACAACAACGUAGAUAGUCCUGAGCGUGAGUUCUUCGUCCAACCCCUCACACCUUCGCCGAACUUGGCCUUGUUUAUCUGUUCUUUAGCUCUCCACGACAUUGCUAACUCGCAGCCCGGUCCUGCCCCUCCCCCUGCUCAAAUUGUGGGCCAGAAACGACGCCGUUCCCUCUCUUCUUCUUCUUCUUCCUCUUCUUCUUCUUCCUCUUCUUCUUCCUCUUCCGGGGUUCUCCCCCCCCCCAACGCCAUCGCCGCUGCCGCCGCUGCUGCCGCCGCCCGCCCUGCCGCCGCCAUCGCCCGCUCUGCCGCCCCCGCCGCCGGUCCUGCUGCCGCCGCCCCCGUCGCUGCUCCCUCCCCUUCUCCCAGAGGGGAGCCUUCGCCCAAACGGGUGAAGAGAUCACUGCGGGAAGAAGAGUACUUGUGGGAGAAGAUGAAGUCCGAGCCUGGUCGUUGGAUCGCGGUUGGUGUUGACGAAGCGUGUGAUCGUUGCCGACGUGAGAUUAUCACGUAUAAUCGUGCAAACUGGCCCUGCCUCAAGGCAGUCAGGCCACACAACAAGGCCCUCCGUUGUGCUUCAUGCACGUCUGGCCCCUGCUCCUUCUGUCCCGUUUCCUCUGCCCGGGACAUCCCGCCCCGUCCCUCCGACUCUUCGCCCUUCCCCCCUCCUCAGACUCCAGCGUCUGUCCCCCGUUCGCGGGUACCUCCUUCGUCUCUCCGGUCGGUUCGCCGUACUUCGCCGGACCUCCGCCCGUCGCCUCCGUCGCCGUCGCCCUUCGCUCCUGUGGCCGGCCCAUCACGUCUCCCGGCUGUUCCUCCUUCGUCUUCUCGCCGUCCUUCGGCCUCUGCUCCUUCGGCCUCCCGUCCUUCGGCCUCUCGUCCUUCGGCGCCACGUCCGUCCUCUCCAGUGGUAGCUUCUCCCCCGGCUCACAGCACCCGAAGUCGGCGUCCUUCUGUUCCUCCGGCCACUUCGGCGGCCCCUCCCGUCACCCCUCCCUCUGCUUCCCAGAAGACACCGAAGUCUUCUUUAAAGAAAUCAAAAGGGAAAUCUAAAGAGAAGGAGGUUGCCUUCAAUGAUGGUGAUGUGGAAGGUGAAGAUACUCAGCGUGCUGGUCCCUCUGCUCCCCGGUUGUCCCUCGUCCACCCUCGUAUCUCCCUGGACGUCCGUAUUCCUGAGGACGAAAAGGAAUUCGCCACUUAUCGUUCUCUCGUCCUCGGUCUCACUACUCAGCUUGAGGCCGCCCGAAAUGAUACAUCUCUCCUGCUUGACUUCUCUUCUCGUCAAGCUAACGCUUUAAACAAUCUUACUGCGGCGUUAGUAGAUGUAGUCAACACUGGGGCUCUGGACGACGAAGCAAGGACAAGGUUAGCGGACGUCUCUCGCCGAAGCCUUACUGAGAUAGCCGAUGUUCGCCGAAGACUGUUCGACACCCCCUUCCUAGUCACCCCUAUGGCGUAUGAGCCACCACCGUCCCUUGACUGGUUAGGUCGCCGUAGUAGUUCUCGUGUCCCAGCUUCCGCCCAGGCUGCUCUCGACCUCCUCAGUCUUCCCUUCGAGUGUCUACGGACCAUACGUUCUCUGUGGAGGACUCCGAGCAUGCAAGCUGCUCGAGAUGUCCAGGACUUCGGUGACUUCUUCGGGGCUAUGAAUCGGGCAUGGAAUGCUUCUCUCUCUACUGCGUUCCCGUCUGAGACUCUCGAUCUACCUUCGGUCAUCGGUAGCCUCCACACCAAUCCUGCGGGACCGAGUAGAUCGAAGGAGAAAGGAAAAGGAAAAGGUAAGGGUAAGAGUAAGGACAAGUGA